CCAGGUUAUAACGCCAACGUUCGUUGGUGUCCACUUCUGACAGACUGACCCUGAUUCUCGGAAACUUGAGGUGCCAUGUCACUGGUGCGAGAAUAAACCUCGUUAUGUGUCCUAUCGCUUCAACAACAGGAGGUGAAAUGUUUCCCACGGCCACGUCCUUUUCUCUCUACGUCGAUUCUCUCGGCUUCAAAAACCAUUGAGAUGCUUUUGCAUUCGUUGUCCGCAUGGAACACACACUUCCAGUGAAACAUCGUAACCGGACGCUUCCCAACUGAUAUCACUUGGUCCUUGGAUGAUACUUGCCGCUUUCUUCAUCCAAUUCCAUUGCAACGCUCUGUGAUGGGCUCGUUUCGAAAGGAACAACACAGUCGAUCUGCAACCAGCAGUAGCCUCAUAUGAGCUAGAGUUUGGAUACGGAGACUUAUACAAAGGCUUGCGUAGGAGCAGGCGUAUUAUCUCAUACUCGCUCAAUUUUCUACCCGUAUGUCGACAAUCGACACAGUUCAAUAUCUCCCUCUGCUUGACGUUGGACAGGUGAUAAUAUACCCCAUCGUGACGGUCACGGUUAUGUGUAUUGCAUAUGGCUUUUAUAUCGCACUCUUCUCUCGUUGCAUACAGCUACUGCGCCAUGAUGGAGUGUCGCGUCGAUCCCUCUAUGUUUGGUCGACUGUUACUCUUUUCGUGAUGUCAACGGGCAUGGUGGCUGUAGAGAUCACGAAAGUUCUUCAACAAUCUGUUGUGGAAUUCACGUCCGCAAAGACCCGGGAUUUCCUGCCUCUUUAUAAUUUUGCCACACACGACACACACAAAAUCAUUACAAUCGCCUUCGGUUCUACCCUACCUAUCAUUGCAAAUGCAGCUGCAGAUUUCAUUCUUAUACACAGAUGCUAUGUCGUUUGGGGAUUCAAAAAACGAAUCCUCAUACCGGUGAUUGUUGCGUCAUUCGCUGUAAAUCUGAUAUCUAGCAUUGCAACGAUCAUGCUGAUCAUCGGCUUGAGGGAUACAAGGAUUAAAUCCAACUUGGCCAUAGCUGAAAAUGCCCAAAACAUUCAAGCUGUAGGUUUCAUUAUGAGCGCAACCUUCAACCUGGCGUUGACCCUAUUAACCGGUGGACGAAUAUGGUGGAUCACUCGAUGUGCUGGACCGUCGAGGACUUACUACGUUGUGACGACUAUGAACAAGAUAAUCCUUGAAUCUGGGAUGCUUUAUCCCCUCGUAAUGAUCGUACAUUUGAGCAUCACGAACACAUUUGCUGAUUUCCAACUUCCCAUUGACACUCUUCCUCUGGUUGUCUUAGCUGCUGGAAUCGCACCCACUUUGAUUAUCGUCCGCAUACGCCUGGACUUUAGUAACGCAGAUGAUGACACUGUGACUCAGCCACCUCGGUCUAGCCAUUUUAUGACCUCAAUCCAACCAACCGAAAGGUCGUUGCACCUUCUACGUCUUUCUACCGUUGGUACCUCCGUGGUCAAGGCCAAUCACGCCAAAACAAUUCCCAGAGCACCACAAGUGGUGCAUGCGGUAUGACUUUUCCAGUGAAUGUGCACGCCCCCCCGACUUACUUCUAUCGUCACCCGCUUUCAUUUCCUCGCCUGUGUUUAUGAUUAAAUUAUAGGUUUAUCGGUAUUUCAAUAAUAUUUUAGUCACCGUACGAGCACAUUAUCCGAGCCACACAUUCAGUUGAUGAAUGUUGUUCUCUUCAUCGCUC